GUCCCAACAAGCAAUGCGUUUGUAGACCGGUAGGUGCGCACGCUCUGUCCCGGCGUGACCUUUUGACCCCGCUGUCCUCACCGCAAUGGCGGCUGUGAGGGCCCUGGUGGCCUCGAGGCUCGCUGCGGCAUCUGCAUUCGCGUCCCUGUCCCCCGGCGGUCGGACGCCUCCCCAGCGCGCAGCCCUUCACCUCUCCGUGCCGCGCCCCGCGGCCAGGGUCGCGCUGGUGCUGUCUGGAUGCGGAGUCUACGAUGGGACCGAGAUCCACGAGGCCUCGGCGAUCCUGGUGCACCUGAGCCGUGGAGGGGCUGAAGUCCAGAUCUUUGCUCCUGACGUCCCUCAGAUGCACGUGAUUGAUCACACCAAGGGGCAGCCGUCCGAAGGCGAGAGCAGGAAUGUUUUGACCGAGUCUGCAAGGAUCGCCCGUGGCAAGAUCACAGACCUGGCCAACCUCAGUGCAGCCAACCAUGAUGCCGCCAUCUUUCCAGGAGGCUUUGGAGCGGCUAAAAACCUGAGCACGUUUGCCGUGGACGGGAAAGAUUGCAAGGUGAAUAAAGAAGUGGAGCGUGUCCUGAAGGAGUUCCACCAGGCCGGGAAGCCCGUCGGUCACUCACUUAAGGACCUGCCUGGUCACCGUCCAGGGAGGCCCCUAAGGCGGAGCCACAGGAAGAGGUGCAGGCUCAGAGCUCCUGAAGGAGGUCCCUGCUGCAGCCGCGUCACAGCCGGGGUGAAGAUUUCACCCGCGGUCUCCACCUCGGGAUCCCAUCCUUGUCAGAGAAACGUUCCCAGGAUGAGCGCCCAGAGGGAGGAGGCCGUGGCCCUUUCUUUUGUGACUGAUUCAAAAUCUCGGUGAAACAAGACAGCCCCUGGCAGGCGAACCACUGCCUCUGAGCAUGCCUCCCCUGAAAACUGCAGGGCGCAAACCCGUCUCCUCCCCAGUCCAGCCAUGAGGCUCCUCUGGAAACAGCACAGGGCGCAAGCCUGUCUCCUCCCCAGUCCAGCCAUGAGGCUCCGCUGAAAACUGCGGGGCGCAAGCCCGUCUGCUCCCCAGUCCAGCCAUGGGGCUUCCGUGCACGGUGACCCAUAGGCUCUUUUCCUGAGGAAACCUAAAUCCUUAACCGCUGCAGCUUUCCUAAGAGAAGAAGGGGCAUGGCAGUGGCUCUGUGGGCGGGCACACCCUUUCCAUGUCAGCCUGCCUUGAGGUCCCUCCUGCAGCCGGCCCCACCCACCCCUCAGCCUGGUGCCAGAGGCCUGCGUGGCCAGCCAGGGACUGCUAGGCGGCCCCGCCGCUCACUGCUAGGACCCCUUCCUUGAAUGCAGUAGUCGAGGUGGGUGCUGGGCUGUGUCAGGAGCCGCUGUGGCAUCUGUAGCUGGCACUUGAUGGCUGGGCAGCUGCGUGCAGCAUCGGGAGCUACUGAGAAUCUGCUUCCCGGACUUCCUGCCUGCUCAGAGGGCGGCAGGGGGAUUUCAUCUAAUAGAGACGAGUUUUCGCCAUGUUAGUCAGGCGGGUCUUGAACUCCCAACCUCAGGUAAUCUGCCUGUCUCAGCCACCCAAAGUGCUGGGAUUACAGGCAUGAGCCACUGCACCUGGCUGUGAAAUGUGUUUUUAACCGUGUUUUGUUAACAGCCCAUGGUAGCAGUUUCCACCUGGGCCUGUCGGGAGUGGGUAGGACUGUAGACGGCGGGAGGAGGGAUGAAGGAAGACGGGCCAAGGUGUGAGGUGUUGAGGGCAGGAUGGGGCCUGAGAGCUGUGGGCUACACCACAGGUUGCCAGGGGAUGGGGCUGCUGUUUAAUGAGGCCGUGCCCCUUCCACUGUUGCCCCUGGGUGGCCGUGAGGUGCUGGACAACACAGGUCACUGAAGGCCCUGCUGUGGGCACAGUGCCUGGCACACAGAGGGGCCUCUGUUGGCUGGGCAAGGAGGGGUUCCUGGUGAAGCAGAAGCAGGUCCCAGGGGUGGAUGUGGCCUGGGCAGAGCUGCUGCGGCCUGUGUGUCAGGGUCGGGCGUGCGCCCACCGGCCUGCACUUGCCGAGAGUUGUGCUGCAGGUCAGAGGCUGGCAAGGCUGCUCCUGGCCCGUUGUGCCUCCUGUAGAAGGGGGGCUGGUGUGACUGAUAAGUGCAGCUGUGUUACCUGUUGCUGGGUCACAGACCACCCCACAACUCAGGGCUGGGGCAGCCGCAUAUCAUUACCCUCUCUGUGAGUGGACUUCGGCAGCCCGGGACUCGCACCAGUCUGGGGUGUCCUGGGGCUUGGGGCUUAGCCCAUGGCUGUUAGGGACUCCCCUCGGGGGUCCUUGGCCUGGUGCUUGAGUGCCUGCAGGGAGUGCUCGGCGGGGAGUGGGGCUGAGGACACCUCACUCUCAGCCUUGAGUCACCUGGUGCCACCUCCAUCACAUCCCAUGGGCCACAGCCUUCUGGCAGCCCAGGCUCACAAGGGGCAGGGACGGCAGGGCUCCCGUGGCAGGGCAGCCUGGGGUCGUGGCGAGGGUAAUUUCUGUUCUGCAGGCCAUGCAGCCUGCCUGACCCGUGUCCUUC